AUGGGGUGUUCUAUGUUUCACUUUGUACCGGCUCCGCCGCGGAGCCGCAGUCGUUUUUCCCAGGGCCCAAAUGAGCGACUAUCCACACGAGCCUGCGCUCUUUUCCUCUGGGGGGCACUCGUUUCCGCCUUUUUCCAGCAUGCUGCGGGCCACACCAUCCAACUUUCCAUGCAGACGACUUCACGCUUGGGCUUCAUUCCCUUGGGCAUGCCAGCUGCUCAUCGGUCGUCUCUCCACGCACAUGUUUGCUCUCCUGCUGGCCGCGCGUCCCCACUUCGCACUGUCGCCUGCGGUAGACAGCGCACAGCCUCGUGGUACAACAACCUUCUUUCUAGAUUCAACCUUCCACAGAUGGGCGAGGGGGGGACACCCAGGUCCACGCAGCUCCGAAUGGCAGAAGACGGCCUCGUCCUCAACUCAGAGGACUACACCGAGAAGGCAUGGGAGGCCAUGGGUGCGCUAGGCGAGUUGGCCGACAAGCUUGAGUCUGGUUACGUGGAGGCGGAGAUGCUUCUCAAAGCUUUGCUGGAUGACGGGCCGGACGGAUUGGCGACGCAGAUCUUCUCCAAAGCGGGGGCAGAUGUGCCUAAGAUGCAAGAGGAGCUGAAUCGACACUUGAAAACACAGCCGCGAAUGACGAUGGGGUUCUCCGAUCAGAAGGUUCUGGGCCGCGGGCUUCAAAACGUCCUUACAGCCGCGCAGCGGUACAAACGAGAGUUUAAGGACCAGUAUAUGAGCGUGGAGCAUCUGGUGCUGGCUCUGGCUGCGGAAGAUACCAAGUUCACGAGGCCUUUCCUGACUCGGAGCAGCGUCUCCUUCAACAAGCUCCGCAGCGCCGUUGAGGACAUCCGCGGCAAGAAGAAGGUCACGUCGAAGAACCCUGAACUGGCCUACCAGGCGCUCGACCGGUACUCGAGGGACUUGACUGCCGCGGCGCGGGCAGGGAAACUGGAUCCAGUCAUUGGUCGAGACGACGAAAUCCGGCGAACCAUUCAGAUUCUCUCGCGGCGCACCAAGAACAACCCCGUCCUCCUCGGUGACCCUGGCGUCGGGAAAACGGCCAUUGUGGAGGGGCUGGCGCAGCGUAUCAUCUCGGGCGACGUCCCAGACUCGCUCAAGGGCCGUCGCGUGAUAUCGCUGGACAUGGCCGCUCUAAUUGCAGGCGCCAAGUAUCGAGGCGAAUUCGAAGAGCGACUCAAGGCGGUGCUGAAAGAAGUUCAGGACGCCGAAGGCGACGUUGUGAUGUUCAUCGACGAGAUUCACACCGUCGUCGGAGCGGGCGCGGGAGGAGAGGGCGGGGCGAUGGACGCUGGCAACAUGCUCAAGCCCAUGCUCGCCAGAGGGGAGUUCCGCUGCAUCGGUGCGACGACGACGACGGAGUAUCGGCAGUACAUCGAGAAGGACAAGGCCCUCGAGCGGCGUUUUCAAAAAGUCUUGGUCGAAGAGCCACAGGUCACGGAAACCAUCAGCAUUCUGAGAGGCCUGAAAGAUCGCUACGAGGUGCACCACGGUGUCCGUAUCCUGGAUUCCGCCCUCGUUGAGGCAGCGAAUCUCGCCCACCGAUACAUUAGCGACCGUUUUCUGCCUGACAAGGCGAUUGACCUCGUCGAUGAAGCGGCGGCGCGGCUGAAGAUCCAGGUCUCCAGCAAGCCGAUCCAGUUGGACGAAAUCGACAGACGCCUGCUGCAGCUGGAGAUGGAGAAAAUCUCGAUUCAAGGCGAUAGCCGCGAACGCAUGCUGGACGAGCAGGAAAAGUGGAGGCUGCGUAGCGUCGAGAGCCAGAUUGAACAGCUCAAGACCGAACAGGCGAAACUCACCGAGGAGUGGACGAAGGAAAAGUCGCAGGUCGACGCGAUUCGCGCCUUCAAAGAGCGCAUCGACGUCGUGAAGGUGGAAGUCGAGAAGGCCGAACGCGACUUUGACUUGAACAGAGCGGCGGAACUCCGCUUCGAAACGCUCCCCGACCUCGAACGCCAACUGAAAGAAGCAGAGGAGCAGUACAAAGCCGCGACGGCUGGCGGCAAGCGCAUGCUGCGCGACGAGGUCACAGUCGACGACAUCGCAACCGUCGUCGCCAUGUGGACUGGGAUCCCUGUCACGCGACUGAAACAGAGCGAGAAGGAGAAGCUUCUCAACCUGGAGACAGAUCUGCACCGGCGAGUCGUCGGGCAGGAUCACGCGGUUCAGGUGGUUGCCGAGGCCAUUCAGCGCUCCCGCGCGGGCCUGAAUGACCCGAACCGACCCAUCGCCAGUCUCUUUUUCCUGGGCCCCACGGGCGUGGGGAAAACAGAGCUCUGCCGGAGCUUGGCGGAGCUCAUGUUCGACUCUGAGGAUGCCAUGGUGAAGAUCGACAUGAGUGAGUACAUGGAGAAACACACGAUUUCGAGGCUGCUGGGGGCCCCGCCCGGCUACGUCGGCUACGAGCAAGGUGGCCAGUUGACGGACGAAGUGCGGAAGAAGCCAUAUUCGGUCAUUCUUUUCGAUGAAAUGGAGAAAGCGCAUCCGGAUGUCUUCAAUAUUCUGCUGCAAGUCCUAGACGAUGGGCGAGUCACAGACGGAAAGGGCAACUUGGUUAACUUCCGCAACUGCAUCGUCAUCUUCACCUCCAACCUCGGGUCGCAGCACAUCCUAGAAAUGGCACGCGAUCCAGCUCGCAAGCAGGAAAUGAAAACGAAGGUGAUGCAGAGCGUGCGAGAAGCGCUGCGCCCGGAGUUCUUUAACCGCGUGGACGAGUUCGUCAUAUUCGACUCCCUGAGCAAAAAAGAACUGAAGAGCAUCGUGGGCCUCGAGAUGGCCAAGGUGGCGGAUCGGCUGCUGGAGAAGAAGGUGAAACUCAAGGUGGAAGACUCUGCCCUUGCAUAUCUCGCUGAUGUCGGAUACGAUCCCGCCUAUGGGGCACGACCGCUGAAGCGGCUGAUCCAACGUGAAGUGGAAACACCAAUUGCGCAGAACAUGCUACGAGGGAUAGUGAAUGAGAGCGAUUCUGUUUCUGUAGCGGCGGAAAACGGCAAACUGAACUUUUCGUUCCCUUCCGCAAAGAAGUCGCCUUCGCCUGCCGUAACGGCCACGGCUUGA